CAAUACCACAAUCGUCCAAGUAGCACCUGUCUGCUAGCGUCCGAGGGCGCUUUACUAAUUUCCGCGCCAUUGUAUUUCCAGUGAUUUUGGAAACAUUGCAAUUAUUUGCAAUGACAACACCACUAGAACAGUUUGUGGUGAACGUGCAAAAUUUAUCUUCAAGCGGCAAUUUUACGCAGCUACACACGUUUGUAAGUAAGAGCAGCGAGGUUCUUCUCCGCAAUGCUUCCCAUCUGGAAGACGUACUCGCAACAUUGGACCUCCAAAAGCAUUCGUUGGGUGUCUUGGCUAUUCUUUGCGUCAAGUUCAGUUUUUCUACACCAGCGGACUAUGAAGCAUUGUAUGCUCAAGUGCAGGAGUUCAUCACCAGUUGCAAUGGUGAACAGGUUCGCUUUGCGACUGAUAUGUUCGCGGAAUUGUGUCACUUGCUGGCACAAAGCCUUGUGGAGAGGCAACAGCCAAUGCGCGGUAUUUAUUUGCUGACUCGUGCCAUCUCAAAGAUUCAGCUGUUCCCAUCUCAACUGACAUCGAUUCACGCCGACUUGUGCCAGUUGUGCCUUUUGGCAAAAUGUCUCAAGCCUGCAUUGCAGUUCCUCGAUAUUGACAUCACAGACAUCAGUAGGGAGAACGAUCAUUACGACGCAAAACACUUCCUCUUGUAUUUCUACUAUGGUGGAAUGAUCUAUACGGCACUCAAGAAUUAUGAAAGGGCACUCUACUUCUUUGAAGUGGCGAUCACAACCACGAGCAUGGCCGUCAGCCACAUCAUGAUGGAGGCUUACAAAAAGUACAUCUUGGUCUCCCUCAUCCUCUAUGGAAAAGUUCCUAGCUUACCGAAAUACACUUCACAAGUUGUGAGCCGUUUCAUCAAGCCACUAAGCCAACCGUAUCUGGAUUUGGCUGCAGCUUACACUUCCAACAAUCCGGAUCAAGUCAGGGCCAUUCUGAGCAAGCACGCAGAAACUUACAGUAGGGAUAAUAAUACGGGCCUCGCGAAACAAUGUUUGGCAGCUCUUUACAAGAAGAACAUUCAGAGGCUUACGAAGACAUUCCUGACAUUGUCCUUAGCAGACAUGGCAAACAGAGUGCAGCUUUCUGGCCCCACGGAAGCGGAGAGAUAUAUCUUCAACAUGAUCGAAGAGGAAGACAUAUUUGCAUCCAUCAACCAGAAGGAUGGCAUGGUAGUGUUUCUGGACAACCCGGAGAAAUACAACACUCCGCACAUGUUCAAGAGACUCGAAGAAGAGAUGCGCAAGUUUAUACAGUUGAAUGAAAAGCUCAAACAGAUGGAUCAGGAAAUUGCGGUCGACCCAAAAUAUAUCCAGAAGUGUUCGGGCCAACAAGAGGAUGAUCAGCCUGGAAGCACCAAAAUUCCCUCCUACUCCAUAUGAAUUGCAUCAUUUUUGAAUAAAAAACUUGUUCCAAAA